CACGAACCUGAUCAUCAUCUUCGGGAUGAUGCAGGUUGCCAAGAAGAUUCCCUUCGAGGACCCGACGGUCUUGAACGCGAUUCGCGCUGUCUAUGUUACCAGCAACCUCAUUAUCCUCGGCAUCUACCUCUACAUCCGGGCCCAGGUGAACAAGAAGAAGGACAUGACCACGUUGAAGUACGUCGAGCCAGCCCCGAUGGGUUCGAGCGAGGAAGGGAAGCUCGUCACGACCACAAUCCACGCCUACGACAUCGGUCAGAUCAGGAACCUUAUGCGCGCACAAGCUAUGGGUGUGCUCAUGAUGGCCGUGAUGCACUUGUACUUCAAGUACACCAACCCACUCCUGAUCCAGAGCAUCAUCCCGCUGAAGGGCGCGCUGGAGGCGAACAUGACCAAGAUCCACGUUUGGGGACAGCCCGCUUCGGGUGAUCUCAAGAGGCCCUUCAAGCAGUCUGCCGGCUUCAUGAGCGGCUUGCAGAGCGGCCCUGCGCAGAGUGACAAGAAGGCUGUCGAGGCCGCCGAGCGCGCCGGCCGGGGUGGUGCCAAAGAGGAGUAGACUACCCAGGAGGACUUGUGUGGGCGAGAUAUCAUCUUUACGGAAG